UCUCUUUGCUCCCUCUCUCUUCUCUCUCUCUCUCUCUCUCUCUCUCACACGCGAAGGAACGAAAAUGGAAAGAGGAUUCGAAUUCGAGCACCUCCUCCCCACGCCCUGCUAAUUCUCUAGGGUUUCUCCUCCGAUCCUGGGUUAAAUCGUCGAGCUUGUAGCGCUCGAGAAGCUUCUCUAGCUAAGGCCUUCGCUCUGGGCGGCGCUAUGGCGGGGUCGUUGGUGGAGAGGGCGACGAGCGACACGCUGAUCGGGCCCGAUUGGGCGAUGAACAUCGAGAUAUGCGACAUCAUCAAUCGCGAUCCUGCGCAAGCGAAAGAUGUUGUAAAAGCAAUCAAAAAGCGUAUCGGGCAUAAGAAUCCGAAGGUUCAGCUUCUUGCUCUUACACUGCUGGAGUCGCUGAUUAAGAAUUGUGGGGACGUAGUCCAUGUGUUUGUCGCUAAGAAAGAUGUGCUGCAUCAGUUGGUCAAGAUAGUGAAGAAAAAAAAGUCUAACUAUCAUGUCAAGGAGAAGAUACUAACAUUGAUAGAUACCUGGCAAGAAGCUUUUGGUGGCCCAAGUGCAAGAUAUCCACAAUACUAUGCGGCAUACCAAGAAUUGUUGCGCGCGGGAGCUGUAUUUCCCAAGAGAACCGAGAGGUCCACGUCUAUAUUUACUCCUCCACAGACACAGCCUCUAAGAACCUAUCCUCCAUCCGUGCGCAGUGCUGAUUAUGAACAGGAAGCACCUGAGACUUCUGAUGGAUCUACCUUUCCUGCUUUAAGCCAUAUUGAGAUUGAAAAUGCCCGUGGUAUCAUGGAUAUUCUUGCAGAGAUGCUGAAUGCUAUAGAUCCUGGUAACAGAGCGGGAGUCAGACAAGAGAUAAUUGUUGAUCUUGUAAAUCAAUGUCGCACUUACAAGAAGAGAGUAGUACAACUCGUGAAUGAGACCUCGGAUGAAAGACUGCUUUCCCAGGGACUUGCUUUAAAUGAUGAUUUGCAGCGUGUGCUAGCAACACAUGAUGCUAUUGCUGCAGGAAUUGCAGUUCGUGUGGAGAAACCAAAGCCUUCUCAGGCAAUUGUUAAUGUAGAUUAUUCUGUAGUCGCGAAACAGGAUGCAAACAAAGAGCUGGUUAAGAGCUCUGGUGCAAGUGCAAGCACGAGCAUAAACACAAGCAAUCAACCUCCUCUUCAGCAAUUAUUACUACCCGCCCCUCCUGCAGAAUCCUCUGGUUCAGCAACUGCUCCUGUAAUGUUUGAUACCACUAUGGAUCUUCUUAGUGGUGAAGACUAUAAUGCACCUGCACCUGAAAAUUCACUAGCCCUCGUCCCUGUAAAUGGUCCUCUGGCUGCUUCUACUUCCACUUCUACUCCCAGUCAAAACUUAGCUCUCGCUGAUUCGUUUCCCCAAAGCAAGACCAGCAACAACAAUAACAAUUACAUUCGGGCCAAUUCUAUCAACUCUUUGGGUUCAAAUCCUACUUUUAAGGCAUCGCGGGCAUAUUUUCCUCCUCAGCAUCCGCCGCAGCCUCGGCAGAAAUCACAGCCCGUGGUUUAUCAGGACGGGGGAACUUCGAACUGGGUGACAUUUAAUGAUCAAGCAUCCCAACUGAAACUUGCAAGUUCUGCAUCAAAUGGUCAACUUGCCCAAGGAGUGAAUCCGCAGCAGCAAACACUACAUUAUGGUAGAGAUGAUCAAGGCAACGCCCUUCCCCCACCACCCUGGGAAGCUCAGCCAUCGGACCAUCCAGGAGGUAUGCAGCUUCAACCGAUGCCGAACAUUCUGCCCGGAGGUAUGCAAUCUCAACCCAUCCAAGUUGGGCCGAUAGCGCCCACAGGCCAGCUUGCACUUCUCCAGCCUCAGCCAAUGCAAAAUGCCCAACUCGUCGGCAUCUACUCUACAGUAUACUCUCAACAAAUGAUAGGAACACAGUUGGUGGGUGUUCACCAACAACCCAUGUAUGUAUACCCACAGCAACAGGAAACUCAGAUCUACAAUCAAAUAGUGCCAGUGUAUGCAACCUAUGCGAAUCCAAAUGAGCUUUCUAGGAGAAUGAAAUCACUUUCUAUGAAACAUAAUGCUUCAUACGGACCCAUGAAGCCCACUCCGUCUUCCUCGACUUCCACAAAGCAAUCCGAUGAGCCCGCCAAGCCCAGAGAUAAUCUGUUUGGUGAUCUUCUCACCUUUGCUAAAUCGAAGCAAAAUAAACCCCCUGCCGGUACACUUAAGAGCUUGUAGAUUUACUGCACGCAUACUAUUCUUCUUCUCUUUUCCUCCUAUAUCUGUAUAUCAUUGUUUGUUCUUGAUCUUGUCUAUAAACAAUUCCACUUUACAUAGUGUUUAUAUAGAGUUCUACGUCUUUUAUAUCGUGACAAAGUGCUUCUUACAGGUCUUACUAGCUGUUCUGUACAUAUUUGUAUUGUCAGUGUCCGGUUUUGUUUCAGAAUAUUCGAAAUGGCUUGAUUUAGCUGUAAAUAUACAUCAAUAUGAUUGAUCAAUAAAGAGCUGGAUCGAUCUAUGAAGCUUCA